AGUACACACGACAUCAAAAAACAGAGGCACCCACCCAUAGAGUGCUGACACACACGGCACCACUCUUGUUUCCCACACUCCAAAACCGCUUCAAUCAUCUUCUUCUCUUUCUGAAUUUUCAAAAAGUUUUGAUCACCAUCAAACCCUUGAUUUGUUCUCUCAUGGCGCAUGAUCUUGCUAAGGCCACCCUUGGCCUCACUCUUCCCGUUCAAAUUGAUCCACCAAAGAUCUCAUUCGCUGCAAAAGAGAUUGAUGUAGUAGAAUGGAAGGGAGAUAUGCUUGCAGUGGGUGUCACAGAGAAAGAUACGACAAAAGACGGGAACUCAAAAUUCCAAAAUUCCAUCUUGAAGAAGAUAGAUUCUAAACACGGUGGGUUAUUGUUCCAAGUAUCCACCGAGGAAGAUUUCACUGGAAAAUCCAGCCAGUCCACUGUUCUUCGGCUUUCAGGUCACGGGCCCAAACGGGUCGGUUUGUUUGGGCUUGGAAAAUGCACAACCGCUUCAUCUACAGCUGCUUAUCAGGCUCUUGGCGAGUCUAUUGCCUCAUCAGCAAAGGCUUAUCAAGCAAACAAUGUUGCCGUUAUCCUUGCUUCUUCUGAACACUUAACUCCGUUAUUGAAGCUCGCAGCUGCAUCAGCAAUAGCAACUGGGACAUUACAUGGAACUUACGAAGAUAACAGAUUUAGGUCCGAAUCCAAGAAGCCUACUUUGAAAUCUGUUGACUUUCUUGGACUUGGAGUUGGACCCGAGCUAGAAAAGAAACUCAAAUACACCGAGCAGGUUUUCACAGGGGUAGUUUUGGGAAAAGAGCUUGUAAAUUCACCGGCUAACGUUCUCACCCCCGGGGCACUAGCACAAGAGGCUGAAAAGAUUGCUUCGACUUACAGCGAUGUUUUUAGUGUGAAAAUAUUGGACGCUGAACAAUGUAAAGAAUUGAAGAUGGGUUCUUAUCUUGGUGUGGCUGCUGCUUCUGCUAAUCCUCCUAAAUUUAUCCAUUUAUGUUAUAAACCGACAAGUGGAACCAUUAAAAAGAAGUUGGCAUUGGUAGGGAAGGGACUCACUUUUGACAGUGGGGGCUACAACAUCAAAACCGGACCGGGUUGUUCAAUAGAGCUUAUGAAAUUUGACAUGGGAGGCUCAGCGGCAGUUUUAGGUGCUGCAAAAGCCCUUGGUCAAAUUAAACCGCCUGGUGUAGAGGUUCAUUUUAUUGUAGCAGCUUGUGAAAACAUGAUAAGUGGAACAGGAAUGAGGCCUGGGGAUAUAGUGACAGCGUCAAAUGGAAAGACGAUCGAGGUAAACAACACCGAUGCUGAAGGACGGCUUACACUUGCUGAUGCAUUGGUAUAUGCAUGUAACCAAGGCGUGGACAAGAUAGUUGAUUUGGCAACGCUGACAGGGGCAUGCAUAAUUGCUCUUGGGCCUUCAAUUGCAGGGGUCUUCUCGCCGAGUGAUGAGCUGGCAAAGGAGGUGGUUGCAGCCUCAGAAUCCGCCGGAGAAAAGCUUUGGAGGAUGCCAAUGGAGGAGAGUUACUGGGAAAAGAUGAAAUCAGGUGUGGCUGAUAUGGCCAAUAGUGGCGGCAGGCAAGGUGGUUCUAUUCUUGCCGCUCUUUUCUUACAGCAGUUUGUUGAUGAGAAUGUGCAAUGGUUGCAUAUUGACAUGGCGGGCCCGGUCUGGAACGAUAAGAAGAAAUCAGCUACGGGGUUCGCGAUUCCUACUUUGGUUGAAUGGGUGGUGUCCAACUCUUCGUGUUGAUGCUUGCGAAAUGGGAUCUUCGAGUUUUAGCAAAUAAGAAUUGUCAAUGAAGGAAAUAAAGAUGGAAACUUUUGUGUUCUCACUUGAGAAAGAUUGUCUAUUUUCAGGUAGUUUGUUAUGGAUGUUAUUCCUUUUAAGUUUUUAAUGACUUAAAUCUGUUUAUGUGUUUCCAGCUA